GGUAGAAGAGCAGACUGCAUGCAGUGCAGAGAGAGAGAGAGAGAGCUGGGCGGGCAGGCACCAUCCUCCCUCCCCAGUCCCCACAACACAAGGCCACCCAGGACCGGAGGGAAGGGAAGGGGCGGCCAACCGAAGAAUCCUCCUCCUCCUUACUUGCGCGCAGAUCUCCAUCCGUCCCUUUGUCUUUCUGAGGACUCUGAUUGGGGAGGAGUGAAGCUUGUUUUCUUCCUCUCCGAUCCGGCAAUCCGGGAAGGGAAGGCAAUCCGGCCAGGCAUGAACAAGCAGCAGCAGCAGGCGUACGGGUACGGGCAUGGGCAGUGCGACGUCGUCCCAGGCUACUGCUGCUUCCAUCCCAGGGAGGUGGUCGUCGGCGUCUGCGCCCACUGCCUCAAGGACCGCCUCCUCCUCCUCCUCGCCGCUGCCAACAGCAACGCCGGCGACGACGCCGUGCGCCGCAGGAGUAGGAGCAGGAGCAGGAGCAGGAGCAGGAGCAGCAGCAUCUCCCUCCCCAAGGUCUUCGCGCUCGGCUCCUCCUUCCUCCAGCGACUCGACUCCCGACACCACCACCGGGGGCGGGGGGACCCCGACAACAACUGCUACUCCGACGACGACGACGACGCCGUCGCAAGCCUCGAUGAUUCUUUCAUCUCCAUCAAGUUCGAGGACAACGGCAAGGCGACGUGGGACAGCCAGAGCCAGCACAAGGCGGCGGCGGAGGAGAAGGCCGAUGCGGAGUCAGGCAAGCCGGCGGCCGCCGCUCCCGCGACAAGGUCGUCGUCGUCGUCGACCGUGGUGGUGGCGGUGGAGCACGUCAAGCGGGGCGGCGUCACCCGGUGGCGCAAGCAGGUGGUGGGGCGCUUGCUGCAGCUGGCGCGCUGGAGGAGGUCGUCCAAGGCGGGCGGCGCAGCGGCGUGCCACGUCGCCGGGCUGGACGGCAAGAAGGCCGCGGCGGCGGCGGAGCGGUCCAAGGCGAGAGGAGGGAGAGGCUGGAUCCGGAGCCUCACGCGGAGGCGCGCGCACGGCGACCGGGCGUGGUAGGUCGUAAGGUCUGGCCGGUCGGCGCCGGCGGGCCAUGGUGUCCGAUGGAUGGAUGGAUAGAUCUCCCGUUCCUUGCUUCCAUCGAGUGUUGUGUACGUACGUACGGCUUGCUUUGCAAUUCAAUUGCUUGCGUGUACAAAGUGAGUGAGUCUGCGUGAGUGCCUCCUCUUACCUAGCUACAGGUACACUACUACUUCGUCUGUUUGUGCAUACAGUUUGUAAUAGCGGUGACCACACAUAUGAAUCAAUCAUAUAUCCAAUGAUCAUCAUGCAAGAAUUAUACUA